AUGGGUCAGACCUUGUCCGAGCCCGUGGUCGAUAAGACCUCGGCUGAAGGCCAGGAUGAGUGUUGUAUAUACGGUGUCUCGGCCAUGCAGGGCUGGCGGAUCAGCAUGGAGGAUGCCCAUGCGGCCGUGCUAGACCUCCAGGCCAAGUUCUCGGAGCAGAACGAAUCUACCGAUCCCGAUAAACGUCUCGCGUUCUUUGGUGUAUACGACGGGCACGGUGGUGACAAAGUAGCUUUAUUCGCCGGAGAGAAUGUCCACAAGAUUGUCGCAAAGCAGGAUGCUUUCGCCAAGGGCGAUAUCGAGCAAGCUUUGAAGGACGGUUUCCUUGCUACCGACCGCGCUAUCUUGGAAGAUCCUAAAUACGAGGAAGAAGUGUCUGGCUGCACUGCGGCCGUUAGCGUUAUCUCCAAGCACAAGAUCUGGGUGGCCAAUGCUGGUGACUCCCGCUCCGUGCUCGGUGUGAAGGGCCGCGCUAAGCCCCUAUCCUUUGAUCACAAGCCUCAGAACGAAGGCGAGAAAGCCCGUAUCAGCGCUGCAGGCGGCUUUGUCGACUUUGGCCGUGUCAACGGCAACUUGGCCCUGUCCCGUGCCAUUGGAGAUUUCGAAUUUAAGAAGAGCCCCGAGCUGUCGCCCGAACAGCAAAUCGUGACCGCUUACCCGGAUGUCACCGUCCACGACCUUGCCGACGACGACGAGUUCCUCGUUAUUGCUUGCGACGGUAUCUGGGAUUGCCAAACCUCGCAGGCCGUGGUCGAAUUCGUUCGUCGCGGUAUUGCCGCUAAGCAGGACCUCCACCGCAUCUGUGAGAACAUGAUGGACAACUGCCUGGCUUCCAACAGCGAAACCGGCGGCGUUGGAUGCGACAACAUGACCAUGAUCAUCAUUGGACUCCUGAACGCUGAGUUCCGCGGCCCUGGCAUCCGUAAUCAGUUCGAGGAGAACCCAGAUGAGUAUGACGUGGAAAACGAUCGUUCCCGUGGCUUCAGUGUCCGCUCGGGCCGCAUUAUUCUCCUGGGGGACGGCACAGAGUUGAUUCCGGAGCAAAAUGACGACGAGCUGUUUGACCACACUGAGGAGGAUCGGGACCUUGGCAAUCAGGUGCACCAGGACUCUUCCGAUGCGGGACGGGGCGAUCGUGAAGGAACCCCCGGGCCACAAUCCAAGGAUAGCACCCCCAAAGCUGAUGAAGCUGCCACCAUCUCGCAGUCGCCGUCUUCUACCGCGGAGAGCUCUUCCACCAGUGCCCAUGGAACGCCGCAGAAACCUACUAAUUAG